GUCCUGCGUGGCUUCAGGUGUCGCGUCCCCGUCGGUUUCACCUGCCCAGGUCGGAGGGUCGCCCCGAGGACACUUCGCAGAACCCGAAAGGAGGCACAGAUGGACUCGGUGGUCUUUGAGGACGUGGCUGUGAACUUCACCGCAGAGGAGUGGGCUUUGCUGGACCUGGCUCAGAGGAAGCUCUACAGAGACGUGAUGCUGGAGACCUUCAGGAACCUGGCCUCCGUGGGUUCUUGCUCUCCAGUUAAAACCAGUAGAUCAAGUGCUCAUUGGGAUAUUUUGGAGACUGGACUAUGCAGUGAAGAGAAAGUAGUAAGAUUCACAAGAAAUGAUUCCAGGUCUUUUUUGGGAGAAAACUGGGCAUUUCAUAACAUGCAAGAUCAGCAUCUAACUCAGGAGAGGCGUUUGAGAAAUAAUUUGGUGGAGAGUCUCUGUGAAGGUAAAGAAGGUCAUCAAUGUCUAGAAACCCUGAACCAGAUUAUAGAUUUUACUGUGCAUAAGAGUUAUUGGACUGGAAUUCAGCCCCAUCAAUGCAUUAAGUGUGGAAAAACCUUCAGGGACCAUUCUUUCCAGAAGAAUCAGCAAAGAUCUCACCCUGGACACAAACAUUAUCCAUGUGAAGAAUGGGGGCAAGCCUGCAGCUGUAUCUCGUGCCUAAGCCCUCCCAGGGAAACAGACACUGUAGAGAAACCCGAUAAACAUCAGGAUGCUGGGAGGGCAUCUAAGAGGUGCGUGAAGAGUGACUGUAGUGAACAGUCUUUAGAGUGUAAGAAGUCUGGAAAAGCUCUCACUUGUCCCUCAUCUUUUCAGGAACAUGAGAGAGGUCAUUAUGGACAGAAAAUCCACAUGUGUGAAGUAUGUGGAAAAUCCUUCAGUUAUUAUUGCCAACUUGCACGGCAUGUGAGAACUCACACUGGAGAGAAACCCUAUGAAUGUAAAGAAUGUGGAAAGGCUUUCACUCGCAUCUCACACUUCCGAGAACAUGUGAGAAUGCAUACUGGAGAGAAACCCUAUGAAUGUAAGCAGUGUGGCAAAGCUUUCAGUUGGUGCACUUACCUUCGAGAACACAUGAGAACACACAGUGGAGAAAAACCCUAUGAAUGUAAGCAGUGCGGCAAAGCCUUCCCCUAUCUCAAAUCCCUGCAAGGACAUGUGAGGAUCCACACUGGAGAGAAACCUUAUGUGUGUAAGGAAUGUGGGAAAUCCUACAGUUGUCCCAAAUACUUUAGAAAACAUGUGAAAACACACAGUGGAGUAAAACCCUAUGAAUGUACAGAAUGUGGGAAAGCAUUCAUUACUUCCUCAUCCCUUCGAGAACAUAUGAAAACACACAGUGAAGAGAAGCCCUAUCAGUGUCAGCAGUGUGGGAAAGCCUUCAGGUAUCCCAGAUCCCUGCAAGGACACAUGCUAACCCACAGUGAAGGGAAGCCAUAUAAAUGUCAGCAGUGUGAAAAAGCCUAUAGGUGUCUCAUAUCCCUUCAAAGACACAUGAAGACACACACUGGCGAAAAAUUCUGAAUAGAAAAACUAUGGGAAAGCCUUCAUUCUCCCUUAAAAUCUUAUAAAUGGAGCAGUCACAGGAGAGAAACAUGAACAGAAAGAAUGUUGGGAAACCUUCAGCACUUCACUUAUUUUAUACUUGAAAACUCAGGGUAGACAAAAUUUUUUAAUGGAAAGAAAUAUGAAUUUUCCUUUUAAGUGCCUCAUCCUGAAUAGGGAUCCCAGUGUAUUAAUUUCUAGCUCAUGUUAACUGAUCUGAACACUUAAGAUAAUAACCAUGCCUCUAUGUUCCCAUCAUCUUUGCUACUUAUGUUUUGUUAUCUUGGACUUUAAAUAGUUAUACAGUCAUAUAAUACUUGUCUCAAUUCCAUUACAAUGUCUUUUGAACCCAGAGUGAAAGUCUUUUUGGUUUGUGGUUUUUUUCAUGUGCAACAUGGUAUGAGUUUAGAUGAAAAAAAUUUGUUUUAAUGAAUUUAUUUAUUUUAUUUAUUUUUGGCUGUGUUGGGCCUUCGUUGCUGCGCGCAGGCUUUCUCUAGUUGCGGUGAGUGGGGGCUACUGUUUGUUACAGUGUGUGGGCUUCUCGUUGUGGUGGCUUCUCAUCACACAGCACGUGCUCUAGGCACACGGGCUUCCGCAGCUGUGGCUUGUGAGCUCUAGAGUGCAGGCUCAGUAUUUGUGGCGCACAGGCUUAGUUGCUCCACGGCAUGUGGGAUCUUCCCUGACCAGGGCUCAAACCUGUGUCCCCUGCAUUGGCAAGAGAAUUCUUAAGCACUACACCACCAGGGAAGCCCCUAGAUGAAAAUAUUUUUGAUUCUUACUUUGUCUUAUGUUCCUAAUAUGUGAUCAUGAUGUGAGACCUGUGUUGUUGAAAUGUCUUUUCUGGUUCCUGAACAAUACUGGAAUUUUCUGACUCAGUAUUUAUGCUCCCCUUAGUUUAUAUUACUAAAAGGUGUAUCUUCCAUGUUUGUUACUAGUGGAUACCAUAUUUGUGUUCCUCACAGAAAUUAGUAAUUGCGGAAGGUCUUGGAAGACCUUCUGUCUCAUCUGAUUAUGUUUAUUAAUUUGGCCUCUCUUCAUUGUCCAUGAUCUUGGGUAGAAAUUGCACACAAAACAUUGAGUUAAGAAGAGCAACUUGUUGGUGUGAAGUUGAAAGCUACUAUCCAGGUGGUUCUACUGAAUUUUGUUGUCAGCUUGGGCAAGAUGGGAAGCUAUGUAUCCCAGAGUCCUUUUGUUAGUGGUUCUGAGUUAAAGUGUAGAGAAGAAAAAGAUGCGUGAGGUCCAGGGCUUCCCUAGUGGUGCAGUGGUUAAGAAUCCACCUGCCAAUGCAGGGAACACGGGUUCAAGCCCUGGUCCAGGAAGAUCCCACAUGCUGCGGAGCAACUAAGCCCGUGUACCACAACUACUGGGCCUGCGCUCUAGAGCCCGUGAGCCACAACUACUGAGCCCGUGAGCCACAGCUACUGAAGCCUGCACACCUACAGCCCGUGCUCUGCAACAAGAGAAGCCACCGCAAUGAGAAUCCCCCCCACCACAACGAAGAGUAGCCCCCGCUCGCUGCAACUAGAGAAAGCCUGCAUGCAGCAACGAAGACCCAAUGCAAACAAAAAUAAAUAAAUUAAUUAAAAAAAAAAAAGAUGUGUGAGGUCCAGAAAGCAGAAGUGAGGAAUCCAUGAUUCUCGGAUCUUUUGUACCAUUAGGAGACGGAGAUGCAUGGCAACCUGGUAGGCCUGAGUUCCAGCACCAUUUUCUGACUUCUGGCUCUGCCCAUGUGGAACAACCCCCAACCAGACACAUGUUUGGCAUUUGGGGACAAUGAGAAACACAGGUAUGGUACGAGGGAAACCCUUUUGAGUUCACUGUCUUUCUCAUUGUCUCUGAGGACCAUGGGUAAGUUCCUCUUGGUUCAGAUCUCCAGUCUCUUCACAUUGAGCUUCCCACUCUACUUGGCUUCUCAGUUUGUAAUUUUCAGGUGUUUGGAAAAUCCCAACCUUUUUUCUGUCCCAAGAUCCACAUGGGAACUGUUAGUGGCAGCUUGCAGUUCCCCAACCAUGUGGAGCCCUGAGUCCACAGUCCCCAUUUGUUGAGGUCUGCUGGGUCAGCACUUCCCCUAGUCCAAGUUUCCACAGAAAUUGCUGGUGGUGCACACGGGGCCUUUUCUUGGGAAGUCUGCAGUAAUUUCUAAGCCCCAGCCCUUGGUUCUGUUCCCAGUUUCCUUACUGGGAUCUGCUGGUGGUUUAGUGUAUAGUUCCCUAUGUAUUAGAAUUUUCCCCCACAGUCCACAUUGGGAACUGCUGAUGGCAAGUGCAGUUCUCCAUUUGUUAGGAAUGAGUCCACAGUGCCCAUCUGUGAGGUCUGCUGGUUUAAUCCUUUCCCUGUCUCUAGUUCUUUGGUUGCUACUGGUGUCCACAGCUCCAUUUCCUUGGUUACCAUUGGAUGCUGUUAAUGUGCACAUGAGGUAAAGACUAUUUGCUACAUGGGAAUUUCAGAAGCCAUAGCCACAGAAGUUGGGCAAGGGAUGCAAAGUUCAAUGCUGUUAAAGCACUUGCCACCUAACUCAGACACCCAUGUUAGGUUAAGUUGGUUACGAAAUGGGUUAGAUUGAUACUGGGUCACCCUCAAACCUCAAGAAGAUCAAUUCUCAUAUAGUGAGGUACAGCGUAAUACAUCACACAUCUUCUAACGCAGCAUCAUGUCCCUUUUAGUUAUCAGAUUGUCUCGAGAGACCCAAAAGCUUAGCUAAAAAUACAAAACCAGUAAUACAGUGGGAUCCUUAAAAUCUAAAGAAUCAAGUGUAUCCCCUUCUGGCACACUUGCUUUUUUUUAAUAUCUAAGAACGGUGGUCCCAGAAGCUGUAGAUAUUUGUAGUAAUGGCAAAAUCUUGCUAAGCUUGUUUUGUUUCCUGAGAACUUGGCUUGGUCACUGUCACGUUGGGGGCCCCAAAACAUGGCCAGACUGAAAUGUGGGUUGCACCUAACCUAAGAGACUAGGGUCCUACAUAACUGCUGUCAGCCCCCAGGGGAAUUGCAAUGCCCAUUAGAAGAACCUCUCUAAUUGGAUAAGAUCAUUUCAGAGGUGCACUCAGGAGUUCCCAAAUGAAACAAACAGAAUGGGCUACUUACUUUAACUGGCACCCAGAAGCUCCCAAAAGGCUUCAGAAUUCCAAAAAUACCUUCAUUAAAAGCUUCCUUGCAAAAAGCUAAUGAAAAAUUAAUGAUAUAAAAGGCAACAUAAACCCAACAAGUUAACAGCCUCAUAUACACCCUCAUACCUACCUUGAAAGGAGGAUCCCUCCCAGAGUUGAUGAGACUCAGAGAUUUUCUGGUAAACUGCUGCAUUAUUCUCUUUAACAGCCUAGGGGAAACUAAAAUUAAAAUAAUUUAAAACCCUAGCCAAAUUCUAGUAAAAAUCAGAGCUAUGCUCUCCACUUUCUACCCCACUCAGAACCUGCAGAUGUGAUCCUGGAAAAACUGGCAAAAUCAGCUAAAGGUGAAAAUUCUUAUCAUAGCACUCCCAAAUCUCUGUACUGCCCAGUCAAGAGAGGGAAAUAACAUUUCACAGCUGUUCCUUUCCAAAAUCCAUACCAAAUGGUUAUUGGUCCUUUCUCUCCCAGGGAUAGAUUUGGUUCCUUGCAUGUCUUGUUUUAUGUCGUAGGAACUUGGCUGGGGGACUUCCCUUGGUGGCGCAGUGGUUAAGAAUCCGCCUGCCAAUGAAGGGGACACGGUUCGAGCCCUGGUACGGGAAGACCCCACAUGCCGCAGAGCAACUAAACCCGUGCGCCACAACUGCUGAGCCUGCGCUCUAGAGCCCACGAGCCACAGCUACUGAGUCCACAUGCCACAGCUACUGAAGCGCACGUGCUUAGGGCCCAUGCUCCACAACAAGAGAAGCCACCAUAAUGAGAAACCCACGCACUGCAACGAAGAGUGGCCCCUGCUCACCACAACUAGAGAAAGCCCACGCACAGCAAUGAAAACCCAAUGCAGCCAAAAGUAAAUAAAUAAAUAAAUAAAUAAAUAGGAAAAAGAAAAAACUUGGCUGAGCUUUCUGCUUUCCUGGGACAUACAAGUUGAUGGCGCUUUCUUUGGCUCUUUUGUGAGUGACUCUAGAUAUCGUGAAGAUAAUAUAUUUUGUACCUCUUUGGGGACACUUCUUGAAUCCAAGACGUUGUUCAUAUUGCCAAAAAUAUUCACUGCUCCUGGCUGAAACCUGACACGACAUUUGAAAGGACUUAAUAACUUUAAACCAGAAAUUUGGCCAGAUUAGAAGCUGAUAUGCAGAGCCUGAAAGAAAAAAAUUUCAUUAGGCCUUUUACCUUAAGUUAAAUGUACCCAUAGGGAAAGAAGAACAUUCCAGCAAAGGUGGAGAGGUGGAGCAACGCAUGAUAUCAUUUACACUACAACCCAAUUCUUUGAGGAACUGAGAGCAACUGUACUUAUCUUAACAAAUAAAAAAAAAAACAGCUGUAGAGGCAAUCCAACAUCUAUUUCUUUUUACCAAUCCUAAAACCUUCCCUAUUUAUCUCAAAAAGCUUUUAAGUUAUCGGUCUUAGGAAGCCAGAGUCCUUCUUAGAGGAAUUUAUAUCAUUUCCCUGUGCCUUUGAGAUAAAAAAUGUUAACUCCUAAUCUAGGCCGUAUGUUUAAAGUACAAACUUCAGGGAUGUAUUUGUAAUGAGAAGUAAAAGGAAAGGGAAAAAGUUAUUUUCAACUUAGAAAAACAAGAAACCCUUAAAGUGUCUUCUAAGGUCUCUGUUUGGAUCUGUGUGUUUGUGUAUGUCUAUGAAUGUACAUUAAAGAUACGGUGUUUUUUUUAC